UUUGAUAAAUUCAGGUUUGGAUCUUUAGGGAGUUUCAGCUCCAUUGAAUUCAGUUUCUCUGGAAUGUGUAUCUCUCCUAGGAGGGCAGUUUAUUUUAUGCUGAUGCUGGCAGUAUUCAUCCACUUUAGAUUCUGUGCAGUGUAGUGUGUCUCUCUGGAGAAAAGGAACUGCAUAGACAAGGAGGGAAAUUAGAUUGCAAAAGCUUGUUAUGACAUGGAGAUACAUAAUGUAAAUGCGAUUAUAAUUAAUCAACACAUUAAGUGUAUUAAUAAUAGCUAAUACUUAUUCAGUGCUUUCUUUUCCUACAUUGCAGGGCAGCUCACAGGACUUUUUAGAGUUUUGGCCCUGGUUUAUAGAUGAGAGGGGGAAAUUGCUAAAUGUGAAGUGUGUGGUCCCCAAAGUGAGUCAGUGGCAAAGCUGGAAAGAGUUAAAAUUUACCACUUUAUAUUUUUUUAUUUGUAGUUCUUUAUAAACAAUCAUCAUUUAUUGAUGAUGUUGUAAGUAACCACUGAAAUGUUGCAAAUGAUUGUGAAGAACAACUGAUUACAGCUCCUGAGAUACCAUUCCCAGCAGUCAGAUCAACAAAGGGGUUAAAAGUGAGACAGCCCUAUCUUUUACUUGAUUCAAAGCUCUCAGUAAAUGAUUGUUGGAGCUCUGCCAUGUAUAGCAGAGCAUUUAGAAAGCACGCCACAGACUCUGCUUCCUCCUGAGGAGAGCUUGUCUGUCAACAUCUCACUUUAAUUGUAGUCUUUUAAGGUACCAGCAGGCAGGCAAAUUUCACCAGCCAGCAGUAAUGGAAGAUCCAGUCUUUACCAACAUUAGUGAAAAUGUUAAUGACACCAGUGUCUGUGAGGUCUCAGACUCUGAGGAAGACAAAGGGGGUCAUCUUUAUUAUCAUGUCCGUAAAGAUUCAGCAUCUCCUUCUUCCAUCGCUAAUAUCCCAGAGAACAUGAAUGGUAGUCAAGAGAACCCAGAAGAUAGCUGUAGUAAUUCUGUGGCCUCUCAGCAUGGACAUGAUGGAGAAGAUGAUUCUUCAUUUCACCAUGGUGCUGGAGAAGAUGAUUCUUCAUCUCACUGUGGUGCUGGAGAAGACCACCCAUACCAGCAGAUGGAUCUGAUGAGCCCAGCUCUGGAAGAGAAACAUGUAGAGGUCCCGAUGCUUGAGAGCAACCUUCAUUUUCCUCCAGAUUUCCAGUCACGUCUGAGACAGAGCACUUCUUCUGACUCUUCAACUUCCCUCAAGUUUCCCCUUAACAAUAACUCUGGAGAAACUAACAACUUUCAGGAAGAUUUUGAAAUUUACAUUUUUGUAAAGGCUGGUAUAGAUGGAGAAAGCAUUGGGAACUGCCCAUUCUCCCAGCGUCUCUUCAUGAUCCUGUGGCUCAAAGGAGUUGUGUUCAACGUCACCACUGUUGAUCUGAAAAGAAAGCCAGCUGACCUGCACAAUCUGGCUCCUGGGACCCACCCACCUUUCCUGACAUUUAAUGGAGAAGUCAAGACAGAUGUUAACAAGAUUGAGGAAUUCUUGGAAGAGAUUCUUGCACCUCCAAAGUACCCCAAGUUGGCUGCUAAGCACCGGGAAUCAAACACUGCUGGAAUUGAUAUCUUUUCCAAAUUUUCUGCAUACAUCAAAAAUACCAAGCAGCAGGAUAAUGCUGCUCUUGAAAGAGGCUUGGUGAAGGCUCUGAAGAAGCUCGAUGACUACCUGAGAACCCCUCUGCCAGAGGAGAUUGAUGCAAACAGUACUGAAGAGGAGAAAGUGUCCAAACGCAAGUUUCUGGAUGGAGAUGACCUGACUCUUGCUGACUGCAACCUUCUGCCCAAACUCCACGUUGUGAAGAUUGUUGCAAAGAAAUACCGCAACUUUGAGUUCCCGACGGAGAUGACGGGGCUGUGGCGGUACCUGAAGAACGCCUAUGCCAGGGACGAGUUCACCAACACCUGUGCAGCAGACAAGGAAAUCGAGCAAGCCUAUGCAGACGUGGCCAAGCGGCUCAGCAAGUCCUAACUGACCUCAGUGGUGGCUCAGUAUCCCCUUUUACAGACUCUUCUCCUUGUUGCCUUAAGAUAUACUUUAUUGUUAUGCUGUCUGGUUGGCAUCCCUAUGACUUCACCUGUUCCAAGUGUAUUGGUCAGGGACAAAUCUGCUUCUCCCUGGAGAAAAGGCAGCUCUGGUGGGGUGGGUGGAGACCCUUUAAAGUCUAACCUAAGAUCUGGCUCGACUAGUAUUAUUUGCAAUCAGUAUUGGAAAUGAGUCUUUACAACUUUCUUGUUUCAUGUGGGGGGUAUAUCACCACCUGUAGUCUUUACAGUUUUAAAAAUAAGAUAUUAGCUGAAUAUUCAGAUAAGAGAGUUAGGAACACAUAGAACUUGUUCUUCUGUAGGUUAUUUCAAGGACGCUUUUCCCCCCAGUGCUGUUGAAAUCCCGAGGCAUGAACAAAAUACAAGAGAGAGGGGGGGGGAAAAAUAGGAGUUUGACCCUAAAGCAGAAAUACUCUUAGCAGUUAUAUUUAAAUAAACUCUCUGAAUGCACAUUCUGUCUCAGCAGGCCCAAGAGUUUAUAGGGUAUUUAUUUUUAACUUGGUGGAAGAGGGGGAAGCCAGAGCGAAUAUGUCAGACUUGCAGAUGCUACUCUGCAUAAAAUUUGCAUGGUGUUGUUGGAUCCAAAUGUUUAAAGCAAAAGAGAGUGAAUGAACAAUUGAGCAGGCAGCCCUUGGAAGAGCAGGGCUCGUGCCAAAAUGCCCAGUGGAUCAGCUGGUUGGUAGAGACAGACAGACACAGCAAUAAUGGGGGCAGCAGAUUGACUCCAGCACCCACAGAGGGAAUUGGCACAGCUAACCAAACCAUGUAGGAUAUUGUCAUCUUGACUGUAUGGCUGCCAGUUCCUUUAUAAUUGCUAUCUUGGGAAACUUGGAUCAGCAGUAGAAAGCUGUCGCUGCACACGAAUUCCAGGCAGGGGGAAGCGCUUUCUUCGCAUUGGGCUCCAGAUGGGUCACUUUCAAGUGCUCAUCAUCUCACCCCAGGAGAAGUUUGCUCUGAGAGCCUCAAAGAGGGCAGGCUGAAACAGUGAGAGGCACGUUUCCAGCCAGAAAUUCAGCAAGUAUGCCAGCAGAAAUCCGUGCAACAUGCCUCAAUCCCGUUCAUCCAGGGUUUACCAGGUUCCAUGAUUCUGAAUUAGGAAUUUUUUUCUAACAGUAAUUAUUUUGUUCUAUCUGUAGUUCCUUCCUGGCACAUCUGCUUUAUACUAGUGAUUAUUUGCACGUUCCUUUAGCAAAUUCAGAUUGACAGCUCUUUUACUUGAAACUCAUGUGCCCCAAUAUGUAUAGCAGUGCACGUAGCUCAUGAUUUUUCAGUUUAGGGGGAUUUAUUGCUGUUUUAAAAGAUAAAACAAAACUGAGCUCUAACCUGAUGUGGCUCCCCUUCUGAUCAGAGCUGCUAGAGCUGCACAGAUUUGAGGGGAACCCUGAGCUGGUGAGCUGUGACCAACAGGAACCUCACAGCAGGCUUGUUUGCAGCCAGAAAGCUGGAGGAGUGGAGACAGCAUCAAGUGCCAGCCUCUGCCGUGUGAUGCUGAUGACAAUCUGAAACCAUCCUGUUGCUUUGGUGGGAUUAUUCCACUUUUCACACUAACCCAGCUGGGAGUAGAAUGUUACUCAUUAACUGUGAAGAUAGUUUGUGGUUGACUAUUGUUUCUCAUGCAAUGGUCAAUUUGUUCUGAACUUUCAAAACCUUGUAAGAAAAAUCCAUGAACUCUCAAGUCUUCUCCUAGAACGGGCUGUUUUAUCAGUGGCUAGACAGGAGGGCAAAGGCUCGCACUCUUUAAAAUAUUGCUCAGAAAUCAGCUGGCUCAGAGAACACUAAUAGCAGCCAGAAAAAUCUAAUGAGAUUAGAAGUGUCUGCACAAGCACAUGUGGCUUGUUAAAAACAUUUCUUCAUGAGGUUGGAAUUAUUAUUUGUGAUAUUAUUUUCUUUUUUUUUCCCUUUUAUUCCGGCAUUUAUUUAUUUAUUUAUUUAUCUUGAUUGAGUCAGUCCUUUCUGUCUGUCUUUCUGGUUUUGUUUUCACUCACCGCGCAGGUCAAGAUGGCUCGGUCGGUUUAGAAAAGUGUUAUUAGCAAAGCUCUGCCAAUUUGUUCCUAGUGAAAAGUCUUCCAUCUGACCAAUGGUCACAGGGACUUUUUUACUUCCAGUAUGAUUUGAAGCAUAUUGAUCAACAGAAACUACAUUUUUCUCAGGUUUGUACUUCAGUCAGUCGCUUUGCUUAAUCACAGUUGCAGUGAAUCUUUGAAUAAAAGAUACAGAGGCGGAUGCAGAUUCUUUCUCUCUGCUUAUUAUAUUUAGCUCCUAAAAGAAGACUGUCCAAACAUGCAGCAGAUCUCAGGCAGGGUAAGCAAACCAGGGUCUGCCCUGAUUUCCAUGUCUCAGUAUUCACCAGUGUGCUGAAUCUUGUGGUUCUGAAACAUUCUUAUAUGUCUUUCUGUAGUUUUCAUAGAUAAGGGCCAAAUCACAAUCAGUUGCUCUUAGGGACCUCAAAUUGCAUCUGUUUUUGAAAAAUUAUGUUUAAAAUGGUUGGGCUUAUACCACAAAGAAAAUGAGCUGUAAGUGCAAUGAGCACUAAGAUGAUUUGCAUGUUCUUAAAAACUUUUAAAGAUUUCGUUAUAAAAUCUAAAAAUCCCCAAGCUACCUUCCUUCUAAUUAAUAACAAAAAAAAUCUUUAAAUAUCUUCAUUUUCCUAACAGUAUCCCCUAAAUAUCUAGAUAAGAUGUAACUAUGGGUAUGAGAAAGAAUAAGAGGAAAAUGGAGCAAUUUUCAGCUCCCAUGCCUGUUCUGCCAGAAUUCAAGUCUAACUCUGCAUCCUAAUUUGUAUUUUACUCAUAACUCUAUUAUAGGCUGAUACAAGAUUAUGGACAGGUUCAGGCAUUCCCUGACCUUUGUUUGAGUUUGAAAUCCAAGUUCAUGUUUUCAGAUCUGUAACUUUCGCUCACCUUUGUGCUUUUUGGCUUUUGUAGUCAGAAGCAGGAAAUACUGGAAAUCCUACACAAAAAAGUGUUUUGCUAAGAUUUUGAGCUCAGUUCUCAAGACUCAGGACCCAUCACCAAUGAGAUUUUAAAGGGCUCCAGACUCCUUUAGGCAGGGUAUUUUUUGUGACCUUCCAUUGUAUUUAGAAUUAUAAGUAAUAAAUAUUAAUCAUACAGGAUUGUAUAUCUACAUUGGCAAGGCAGCAUUUCUGAAAAGAAUCUAAGUGACAAGACAGACAUUGCAGAUUUAUAAUAACUUUGUUCAUAAAUUUUUUGCAAGAUGUAAAGAAAGACAUAGUGCAGAGGGGGAAGAAGCCAACAAUGUGGAUUUAAUCAUCUACAUUUCAAAAAUGCAGACCAAAUGUCUGUGAAGAUGUCCAUUUCAUCUAAACAUUUCUUAGAUAUUUAUUUCAAAGCUCCCUGCUCAGUCAAUCCAACACUCCAUUCAUAUUGAAACUAAUAUUGAUUUUUCUUCUAUUAGCAGUGGUAUGGGAGUGCUGGAGGAUCCCAUAGAUUAGUUGCUCUUAUUCUCUGUUAGACUGUUUGAAUUGCCAAGAGGUCAUUUUGCUGUACAGGUGGGACUAGAGAGUAUCUGUUUCAAGUCUAUUUAAAUGAGGGCUUCAGAGAAACAUUUUUUUUUCCAAUAGAAAUCACACAAUGAUAUUGCUUUAUCAGGUCUAGUGUGCAAUACAGAGCUACAGGUUACUCCUCUGUUUGCACCAGCUGAAAAGCCACUGCCCAGGAGGGAAUGACAGUCUAUAUCACAAAGAAAUUAGACAAAGUUGUUUUUCUUACAAGAAAGUUCAGCUGAAACACAUGUAGCAUUUUUUUGAAUAUUUAUUUAUUUUGUUUUAACCCCUGGCUACCUUGUUUUAACCCUCCUCUCUUGUCCCUGCUCAAAUUCAGCUCCAAUUUAGCCACAACCAUUUCCUCAGUGCUAAAUAUCAGAGUGCUCAAGGACGGGCGCACAGGGAACUGUAUUUUAGUGUAACCCUUCCAUCUGGUGGGAUGAAACCCCCUUUCUGCAUCGACUGAAUUUGGCUAAUUAGCUGAGUUUAAAGUAUUGCAAAAAUUUAGCCAGUGGAAGUCACACUCCUGUAAAGCCAGAAGCACAUGGAAGCAUUGUGUUUUUUUUAAAUGAAUUGGUGUUUUAAAGAAAAAAAUAUCCCCAAAGUCUUGUGUCUUACUUCAUGUGUAUUCUUUCAAGCAUCAGGAAUUUUGCAUUUGUUUAUUACUCUUCUAGAUAUAUUCAUUAUUCAGGGAUUGCUUUUGAUAUUAAGAAAUAUUUUUCCAGUAAGAUUUUGCCUUUUUCUGAAUCUUUCAUCUCUUCAUUAAUUUUGAUGUCUGCAAUGACCUGGUAAUUCCAGAGGCGGCAGGAAAGCUGUGAGGUUUAUACUUGUUGAGAUGUUGAAGGAGGUAGUAAUUUAUUUUUUUUCUGGAGAAAACAGUAUUAAAAGCAUUUUUAAAAAUGGGUCUUUUCAUCUGGGAUACUUUAUCCAAGAGUGAUAGACUGUUUAGUCUGGAUUAUGAAUUUCAGCACAGGCAUGAACAAGGCACCAUGAAGGUGGCUUUGCCUAGGGAUUUCUCUGAGAUAGUAGACAUGUUCCCUCUGAGUCACAAAACUUCCCAUUUCCUUGGUCAGGAGGGAUCUGCUGGUUUGGACACUGAACUGUGACUCAGUCAGUGCUCAGCGUCGAAGAGGGGGCCUGUUCCCUUUUCUCCCCUUCUGGCUGAUGUGCAGGGAAAGCAGAGAGCAUUGAGCUGCUUUAUUGCAACACUCGCCCCCAGGAAAGCCCAGAGACACCAUCCAGUGCUGGUUUCCAAAACUUGAUCAGUCCAUGUUUUAACAUGUGGCAUAAAGGCCUGAAGAGCCCUGUAACCCCCCCUCAGGCACUCUCCACACAGGUCUCAGCAGGCUCUCAUAGACCACAGCAAUCAUCUUACAACCCUGUUGCCCCAAAUCAUUCCCCUUUCAGCAUUCAUUGGAGAGAUGCUAACACUGAAAAUACUCCAGAGGAUGGGUUUGAAUGUGGUGUGUUUGAGCUGUGCUCAUCAGCUAAGCAGCUCUGAAUGAUGACAUUGUCACAGCUCAACAGGUUGCAUCUCUGCUGCCAAGGGAACAACCCAUCACCCUCUGGAGGACCCAAAGCUACUUCGCCAGUGCUGGUGCAACCAUGAUGAAAGGUUUCAGGGCUACCUUUCCUCCAGCCCAGCUUCCUUGCUGGAGUGUGUUAGAGCUCAGCUGGGGCCAUGAUCCAGCGCUAAUGAGCAUUUCUAGCUUGCAGCAUGUGAAUAGAGACUACUCAUGUGUUUAAUGUCAAACAUGUGCUUGCCUGCUUGCCUGGAGAGAGGCCUAAAAGUCAUGACAGAAAAGCCUAUAUUAAUGAAGGGCAUUAUUAUUCUCUUUCCUUUGAAACCCUGUGGCAUAAUUCCCGGUGGGGGAAUUCCCAAUAGGAAUUCCCAGCAAAGCCAAAGGCUACAUAAGCAUGAAGAUGUUUCAAGUUGCAAAGAUGUCCUUAAGAGAACAGAAAGCAGUCAAGGAGAAAAGGAAGCAGCAGCGAUAUACAGGACCCUAGUGCAGAAGGCCACCAGCUCUGUCCAGGUGGUAACUGGAGGAACACGACUGGUGCUGCCAGGCUCUGUUCUGGUCUCAUGGGGAGGUUCAGAGUGGAGCUGGGACCAGGCUGGUAGUGCAGUGCCAAGGCAUGUUCCCCUGUAUCUCCAACCACACUCCCUAUGGUGGUAUCCCACAGCAUAAUGAUGCCUCCAUUGUGUCUGCCUCACUCUUAUUAUGAAGUGGCUUGUCUAAAGAAAGGGUGGGGUAUUUUUUUUUUUUUUAUAUACAUACAUGGAGUAAAAACAAUCCAAAUACGCUUUAAUGGCUCUCAACAUGAUACUGUCAAUUCUCACCACAGAGUGGAAUUUGUUGGUGGAAAUUAAAUUAAAUUAAAUUAAAACAGAAAAGCUUGGCUAUUGCUAAUGGGUACUACUGGGAGCCCUAAAAGCAGUUUGCAGUGUAGAACCAUAACAGGAGCGAACAUCCUUUAAUUCCCAGAAUCGCUUGGGUUUCACAGGGUCAUUUUAGCCUAUUCUGCUGCACUGCUGAGAAGUUGCUCUUUCCCGGUCUCCCUAGGUCUAUAAACUCUGAAGAAUUUGGGAAAUGGCUACAGGCACCACAUCAGUCUUUUUCGCUCUUUUUUUUUCUCCUUCAUUAAAUGAACUACUUUAGUUUGGAAGUAAGCAAUAAGUAAAUAGAAUUUGCAAACAGCAGAUUUCUCUACUUUUUCUUUAAGAAAGUUUUUAAGAGUUUUCAGGAAAUGAGAGGUUAUCCUCAGCUUUGGGAAUAAACUGUGGUAAAAUAUAUAUGGAAGUGGGAUUCUGAUUAAAUAGUUGAAAUAGAAAGAUCUCAGUUUGUUUUAAGGAGCAUGCUUAGGACUAAAUGAACAGCAUACUCCAGUUAUUGCAGUAGGGACUUAAGAAUCAGUUCUAAUUUCCAUUUUUUUUAAAUAUUAUUUUUAAUUACUUAUUUUCCACAUAGAAACUGUAUUUUUAUAUAUAUAAGUAUAUAUUUUCUGUUAAUUUUACUGCAUUAUUUAAUUCAAUAGUGCUGUGAAGUUUGUUGGGAUGGAGGGUGGCAUAAAGAGGAAAACUUACACUCUUGAAACAGCGCUAUUAUUUCUGUGUCUUUGAUUUGGUUCCCAUUUGGAUAAACAAGAACCACACCAUUUAGUUGUGUAGAAGCAGGAUCUCAACUUCACAGAUGCAGAAAGUUUGACAGUCCCUUGGAGGACAGAGUAAUUUGCUGUUUAGCAAUCUGAGCCUUGUAGUGGGCACAGCACAUUUCGGAAGGCAUCCAGGACUGUCCUUGGGUGAAGGAGCGUGUUGCUUGCAAAGCACCCCAGUGAAUCCCCCGCAGUUAUAAAAUGAGAUUAAGCCAUCAUGAGAUGUGGACUGGCCAACCCUAAACCAGACACGCCUGCAGCGCAGCCGCUAAAUUGGUCUGACAUCAGGAGCCGCAGCGAAGGAGCUUGGCCUCAGCAGUGAGUCAAAGCAGCAUCUUUGUCACCAGUCAUUUUCUAUUUAUAAUGACACAGAUCUAUUUUAUAAUCACGGGGAGGCACAACAGGAGUGUGCUUUGUUCUGCCUAAAUCGCAUUUCUCGUGCGGGUGCGUUUAAACACAGCCCCUGGCCCUUUGCCGCACACCACACACACCCAGGGCGGGCAGUUCUGGCACAACAAUGCACACCCUGUCGUGCUUGAGUGCUCAAAGCCUCCUGUGCUGGAGCAAUAAACUCCUACUAAAUGGCCUAAAAAUGUUCCCUUAAGUGCACUGAGCUGCCAGACCUCCUCACUUCUCAUUUCCAAGGCCGCUCUGUGUCUAAACCUUGGGUUUCAAACAAACCAGGAGUGUAUUGUGUUGUUUAGUGGUGGAAAUUACUGGGCAUUAUUAACUGUAAGAAAUUGGGGUGAAAAACCCCAAACCCCAACACAGCCCUCUUUCCAAGUGCAAAACUGACAGCUUGUGCUGCAGGAGACUGUAUUUUCAGAGGUUGUGAACAAAUUCCCAAUAGCUGCUCAGAGAAUGGAUCCUCAUCUGUGCAAACCUUGGAGCUACGACAGCAAUCCCCCUUUGUUGCCGCCUUCUCUUUUUUUUUUUAUUGAAGAGUCC